AUGUUUACAUUCCCUCAGCUCUGCAUACAUUCCCUCAAACCACGCUCGCAUAAGUACAUAGAGCCUGAUGAGGUUAUCAGACCAUAUUUGAUUCAAGCGGGUUUCGGUCACGUCAUCAAUAUAAUAUCAUACGGAAUUGAUCGCAAAUUCCUUCUCGCGUUGUGCGAAAGAUGGCGACCAGAAACCCAUACUUUUCACCUCCCCACGGGGGAAUGCACAGUGACACUUGAGGAUGUCCAUAUGCUGUUGGGUCUCCGUGUUGAUGGGUCAGCAGUUGUGGGUGACACAAAUGUUAACUAUGCAUUAGUAGAAGAACUAUUAGGGGUGCCUUUGGAACGAGGUGAUAGGAAGGGGCAAAGCAUUAAAAUCACAUGGCUAAAAAGAAAUUAUAAUGCUUUGAACCUAACCAAUGAGUCUCCCGAGGAACAAAAACUUUAUAAGACUAGAAUGUAUUUACUACUGCUUUUUGCAUGUUGUUUAUUUCCUGAUACUAAUGGUAAUACUAUUCAUCUUCAAUAUUUACCAUUAUUAGAAGAUUUAAAUGAAGUAAGUAGAUAUAGUUGGGGCGCUGCUACCUUAGCGCAUCUAUACAGAAACUUGUGUAGAUGCGCAAUGAAAAAUGUGCAUAACUUUGCUGGUUGUGGUGUUUUGAUUCAAGCAUGGGGAUGGUCCAGAAUGCCCAGAUUGUCGCCCAGCAACCCCAAUCCAUAUCACUUUCCAUACGCAACCAAGUGGUCUGCGUAUGGGAUGAAUUACGAAAAAACUUCGCAUCAUUGUGCUCCUGGGUAUCGGACGUUCUUCGAUCAUUUUGAGGAAGACGAUUUUAUAUGGAGACCCUAUCUUGAACUUGAAGAUGAGGACCCAACUGAAAGCGAUAUGUGGAGUUCUACAACGUUCAUUUUUUCUUUCACUUAUGUUGAAAUGCAUCAUUCAGAUAGGGUAAAACUCCAAUUCGGAAUUAAACAAGACAUUCCUGGUCCACCUACAUGCAUGGAGAUGUACCACAAGAGUACGGCCAACGACCAAUGGAAAUUCGAUAAUUGGAGAGACCACAACAUACAAGAACAUCAGCAUUGGAUAAAUCGCCGUCGCACUGUUCUACGAGGAAAUGUCAUGGAUACCGAAUGUAAACCCAGUAGGGAAUACAUGCGUUGGUAUAGAGCUGUGACCAAUUUGUAUCUAUCACAAAAUAGAUACUUGUGGGACCCUCGGAACCAACCAACUUCAUCAAACAUCCAAAACCAACCAACUCCAUCAAACUUCCAUAACAUCCCUUCCAUGACAUGUAACACCCAACCACCAAUAUUUAACACCCCACAACCAAUAUUUAACACUCCACAACAAUUAUUUAACACCCCAUUCAACCCCAACCCAACACAACCACCUUAUACCCCAAGCCAACACUACAAUCAACCUUACACAUCAUUUAACCCAAACCCCUUCAACAUCCAACAACAAAACCCAACCUUAUCAUACCCCCAAUAUAACCAAUUCUCAUUCUCUCAACCUACCCAACAAGAACACAACUACCAAACACCCCAACCACAAGUUCCUUUUUACCCUUCACAAAACUUCACCAUUUUUCAAGACCAAAAUCCUUACACUCCCUACAUUACUAACGCACCGCCACCUCUAAACCCACCAAGUUGGAGUAACGAGGGUACAAGAAUAAGUUAUGGAAGUGCGGCGGCGAUACCAAAUGACGACGAUUUCAGUGAUGAUUUGGUCGCUUCCUUCAUGAACCCUAACAAUGAUGCAGGACCAUCUACACAGCCCCAAAACGUUGAGGUUGAUCGUAGAAGGUCCACCAGAAAUGUACAAGCGCCUGCCUGUGGAACCCACCAACGCUUACAUCGACCGGGUCGAAAUUAA